GCUCUCAGCAGAUCUAUCAGUCAGUCGCUGUACUGGCUGCAUCUUCGUCUCGGCUGUUCCGAUGUACCUUCCCUCUCUGCGGUUUUCCCGGUCACAUACGCUCGUCGUGCUGCAGUGAGCGCCAAGGAGACUGGGGAUAACUUGGCUGCUGUUUGGUCCUUCAGGGGAGGAGGAGCCAUUGGUUGAUGCUGCGCUGCAAAGAGAAGACACCGCACAGAGUGGUGGUAUAAAAAGUGAGCAGACAGCACAACCAUGUUGGGGAGAGGAUCCAUUUUAGUAAUGUUGCCCUCGGGCAGGGAUUACCUCCUUCAGCUCAUGGCUCCCCCCCACGUCCCACACAACAGAGGCCCAGUUCACUGAGCUCCCCCUCCUAAAAACAACAACCACUACACACAGUGUUAGCAUACUGCUAACAACUCAUGCUCAUUGGUCUGUACUCCUCCGCUGCUGCCUCUGUUCUAGUUCUCCGUCAUGAAGCGGCCCAAACAGCAGACAGGGCCCUUAAGUUUCCUAAAUUUCUUCAGUCGAAAGCCCAAAGCUGAGCCAAGGCCUGAGAAGAAUGUGGAGGUCAGGACCAAAGAAGAGGUGGCCAUAACUCUUACCCUGAGUGAGCAUCCAGAGCAGGAGCUCAGAACAGAAGAAGAAGGAGAAUCAGGAGUUUCUGAGGCAGAGAGAGGAGAUGGAGGAGUUGCACUGACAGUGACUGAGGCAGGUGAGACGGCUGUUACCACAGCGACCGCUGAAGUGGGUGGAGUCAGCACUGGCCCCACGGGUGUGCUGUCCUUCUGCUCAUCCAGUCAGGAGCAGCUGUUGGAUGAGCACCUGGAGGAAUGCCCGUUGUGUCUGCUCAGUCAGCCGCGCUGCCACUUCCCGCACCUGUCGUCCUGUUCGCACCGGACCUGCACCGACUGCCUGCGCCGAUAUCUGCGCAUUGAGAUCUCAGAGAGCCGUGUGGGCAUCGCCUGUCCACAGUGCCCUGAGAGCUUGGAGCCUCUGGAUAUACAGGCCAUCCUGGAUGACCAGGCCCUGCUAGAGCGCUAUGAAGAGUACCAGCUCAGGAGGUUCCUGGCCUCUGACCCAGACACGCGUUGGUGCCCUGCACCUGACUGCAGCUAUGCAGUGAUAGCCUAUGGAUGUGCAGAGUGUCCUAAACUGAGCUGUGGGCGGGAGGGCUGUGAGACAGAGUUCUGUUACCACUGUCGGCAGCUGUGGCACCCGUAUCAGACCUGUGACCAGGCCCGACGCCAGCGCGCUCGCCACACCUCAGGGGGCAAUGAUGCCUCUGCACUGUAUGUCUUCAAUGAAGAACCUGGAGAUGCAGAGGAGAUUAAAGCAUGUCCACGCUGUGGUGCCUACAUCAUGAAGACCAAUGACGGCAGCUGUAACCGAAUGAACUGCACUGUGUGCGCCUGUCAGUUUUGUUGGCUCUGUAUGCAGGAGAUCACCGACGUGCACUACCUCAGUCCCUCAGGUUGUACUUUUUGGGGGAAGAAGCCAUGGUCACAAACCCGCAAGGUGUUGUGGCAGGUGGGCAUGUUGCUUGGAGCACCAGUGGUCAUCUCUCUAAUUGCUGGUAUUGCCAUUCCAGUUAUAAUUGUGGGAAUACCUAUCUAUAUGGGUCGCAAGGUCCAUGGUCGCUGUAAGAAAAACAAUAUCUCAGGAAGUAAGCACUACUUGACUGUGGCCAGUGGGGUGAUGAUGUCCAUGUUUGUGUCUCCUGUUAUAGCAGCUGUCACUGUGGGUGUGGGAGUUCCACUUAUGUUGACUUAUGUCUAUGGAGUUGUUCCUAUGUCCCUGUGCAGGAAUGGCUGGUGUCGACCUCAGAGUGAUCCUCCAGAACCUCAUAAUAUUCAAUUGGAAGACCUUGCCAGCUAUCUCCUAUUCUCUCAUGUAGUCAGCGACCACUGGACAGGCCAGAGCAACACAACGCUUAAUGACACCAGCCUUCAGGAAGUGAGGGUCAGUGUCCAGGAAGUAGGUGUGCUACCCAGUACAAGCAGCACUCCCCAACAGAUGAAUACAUAUGAGGUUUUAGAUGAAGCCACCAAACGCCAUGGAUACCACCAGCAGGACAGCCAAUCAGACUGCGAGGUGGUUAUUGUGCCUGAUAGUAAGCUUACUGACCAAGAAGAUGUUCCUCUGAGGGAUGGGACCAACAUUGAAGUUCGUGUUGAGAUUGAGACCCAGCCUAGAGGAGCGCGCCAGUCCAGCCUAAGUAGCAUCCUGUCUGUCGAGUCUUCAGGACAGGCCCAGUCGCAGUCCCAGGACCACGUGUGUGCCUCAGAAGUGGAAGAAAGCCAAAAGAAAGAAGAGACCAGACCGGAGGGGGCAGCAGAGGGAACAUUUUUACCAGUUUUUGAAAUGGACACUGUAUGAAAUGAUGCAUUUUGACAUUUCAUUAGUUAUAAGAGAUUAACUAAAGAUUUUAAAACUAAAAACAGGAUUCUAUUGGAAAAUUUAAAGGCCAAGGUUGUCCUCCUGCUUCCACGACUGACCCUUCCACCAGAUGCCUUCUAGUUCCAGCCUCUAAGGACAAUAAGCAGACAAAUUGUGUGUUUGAAUGUAUAUCACACACAAAUACAUUUUAGCAUGAGACUGGACCAAGCGGAAAGGAUAGAAACUCCUAUUAAUCUUAAAGAGAGAGCAUGCCUAAUUCAGGGUUGGCACUACCUAACCCCUAAUGCUAUUAAUGGACUUCAGCCCCCUCUUUGUCUGGCUGUAUUAUUCGAUUGACUUUGUUUGCCAAUAAAGAGGCCCCUCAAGC